AUGUCGCUCAGACUGAGAUUGUUCGAUGACGUCAUUUCCGGAUUCGGUGACGACUGCAAAGUUACCACUGAAGAACUUGAGGCAAUGCUAACGCCUGGAGGAAAGGGGAACAACGAUUUCUGCAUGACAAAUGUUCAUGGACAAGACACGCCUUUGUCGAUUGAAAUUUCCGCAAAACCUAGGAUACGACGUGGCGUUGCAAUUGACGUCAGACGCGGCCUCUUUUCCGGAAAGCGCUCUGCUGAUGUAGACCUUACAGUGUCACCAAUACAUGCAGCCAAAAAGGCCAAAGACGUUUUUGGCGUUACGCCGAAAUCCCACGAACGUUUGACAAAUGGGAUCAUUAAAGCGGUCGAAACGCUUGAAAUCGGAAACGACAUGAUCGCUGCUGGGUCAAGUAAAUACACACUUCCGACAGUGCCCGGAAAGCACAGUGACCUUACGGCCAUUUCGCCGGAAAUAAUGGCUGACGUCAUUCGUGGAUACUUCAAUGACGUCAUUGGUGACGUCACCAUUGUCGAUUGCCGUUACCCGUACGAGUUCGAGGGCGGGCACAUCAGAGGGGCUGUAAACAUGUACACGAAAGAUCAGGUCAAUAGAUUGCUUCAGAAACCACUAGCUGACGACGAGCGUCACGUGCUGAUCUUCCACUGUGAAUUCUCAUCAGAGAGAGGGCCGAAAAUGUACCGGUUCCUGCGUGCGCAAGACCGGAUGUUAAACAGCGACAGUUAUCCGCGACUGAACUUCCCGGAAGUGUACCUUCUCAAUGGCGGAUACAAGGCCUUCUUCAACAAGUAUCAGGGCCUAUGUGAUCCGAUCAGCUACAAACCCAUGUUGCAUGAGAACCACUCGGCCGACCUACGUCACUUUCGGGUGAAAUCUAAAUCCUGGACGGGGGAGGACGGCAAUCAGAAGACAAGUAGACGCCACCGCAGUCGUCUUGGGCGCCAUCUUAGUCUCUGA